AGUAGACCCAGACGUCAAAACCACAUGUUUUUGUUUUGUAAUUUGUUGUAAUUUUGUUUACCAUCCUUGAGGAUAUUUUACUUUCAAUAUGAGUUUUAAGAAUUAUAAAGAGAAGAUUGAAGAAGGAGAUACAGUGAUAUUGUAUAUGAGUAACAAUCUAUACGCUAUAGAUGUACACCCUGUAAUUAAAAACAAAAAGGGGGAACUUGUAGAAAAUGUUUAUCAAACAACUUUCGGUGCCUUGAAGGUUAGAAAUAUUAUAGGAGCUGAAUAUGGAAGCCGGGUGGAGCUAUCCAAGGGUUGGGGCCAUGUGCUGCAGCCGACCCCGGAGCUGUGGUCAUUGACCCUGCCGCACCGGACGCAGAUCAUCUACACUCCGGACAUCAGCAUGAUCUUGAUGCAGCUUGAUCUGGUGCCAGGAAGUGUGGUUAUUGAGGCUGGCACGGGCAGCGGGUCCCUAACACACGCGCUGGUGCGGCGCGUGCGGCCGAGCGGGCGCGUGCACACCUUCGACUUCCACGAGCACCGCGCCGCGCUGGCCGCAGAGGAGUUCCACGCGCACGGGAUCGCAGAGUUUGUUACUGCCAAACACAGAGACGUGUGCCAGUCAGGCUUCGGCGAGGAGCUGAACGGGCGAGCUGAUGCCGUGUUCCUCGACCUGCCCAGCCCCUGGACCGGGGUCGCGCACGCCGUCGCCGCGCUCAAGGCCACAGGCGGCCGCUUCUGUUCCUUCUCCCCGUGCAUCGAGCAGGUGCAGCGCACGUGCCUGGCGCUGCAGCAGGCGGGGUUCGAGGACCUGGCCACCAUGGAGGUGCUGCAGAGUGAGCUCCGCGUGGCGCGCCGCACCGUGCCCGUCCGCGACCUGGCCUUCUUGCGGCAUAAGGGCUCGUCCUGCCCCGUGGAUGAGAAGGCGAGCAGUACGACGAGCUACGCGGUGGGCGCGUGGCCCGAGUCCCAGCCGGGGCACACCGGCUACCUUACUGUGGCCACCCUGCCACCCGCCUUCCGACGAGAAAAAUCCAAGAAGCCAAAAGAAGUAACGGCUCAAGAAAAUCCAACGAAUGGUGACACGAAGCCUACACCAGAACCGAUGGGUGUAGACGGUAACAAUGCGGAAAUUACUGUAAAAUAAACUAAGUACUUGUAAAUAAUC